AUGGCUGUUUCACGCAGCAAUCCAACUGGCCCACGGUCCACGAAUAAUCACCGAAGCGACGAGGAAGAAGGAAAACAUGACAAGCCCGCGACCGCCGCCUGUCCUCCUGAGAGCCCUUCGAAUCUGUUUUCGAGUACACCCUCUAGCAACACUAAGCCAACCAACGAAGGACGGAGACCUCAUAACAAACUAACUAUCAAGGAAGUCACGGAGACGCCUAACUGUCCAUUUCGAAAUCCUUUUUUUGGUGGACGCCUGUCCAAUUUGACACCGUUGAAGCUUUCAAAAACGACCAGCGAUUCUGGCGGGCAGAGUCUCAGGAAUCAUGAAAGUGGUGGACGGCGCAACGACAGCACAACGGUUGAGGGGAAAAUCGAACAAGAUGUUGGGAACCAGGGCCAUACUCAGGACACCGACCUAGAAGACAAUCAGAUCAAACCGCCGCCGGCACCCAGACCACAAUAUGCUACUUUGCCGGAGAUACCGGUAUCAGCUGAAUUCGAAAGCGAAUACGAGAGCGAGGACGACGACGAACAGCUUGCGAAAAUGAAACAAGCACACGAUGCGCUGUUGACUCUAUCAGCAGAUGAGUCUAUGCCCUCAUCACAUAUAGAACCGAAAUUCAAUGAGGAUGUCCUACCACAAGACGUAAUGAACGCUAUCAAUAAACUGACAGAAAUACCAUGGAGUCGGCCAUCAACAGGAUCUACGGAUACGGCCGGUGACGACGAGACUAUGGAAGUCACGUCUGAGGAUAAUUCUCGGAGAACAUGGUAUGAAUCGGGUCGUGAUGAGCGAGCGCGUUUUUCCACGGUGCCAGAGGAUAUUGUCUUGUUCGGCCGGUUUACAAAGCUACCAGAACAUAUCCGCCAGAAGAUCUGGUCUCUGAGCUACAGUCGCCGUCUGGUCGAAGUUCUAGAGCAGGACGGAGAAUUCAUCGCAAGACGCCUACAUAAGAACAAAAUAAUUAAUCUUGCAGUAUGCCAAGAAUCACGGUCUCAAGCACUUAUAGACUAUCCACUCUCCUUCUCAGUUGACAGCGACCCACCACUUAUUCGCUUCAAUUUCGAUCUGGAUACGCUUUUUCUGGGAGUAGGUCUGCAAAACAACGAAAGUUAUAAAUUCUUCCGCGCAAAAUGUGACGCAAAGGACUUGGCUCGGUUGAAGAAUCUUGCGGUAGAUGCUGCGUUGACUUGGGGGAGAAAUAUGUGGCAUGAUCCUGGCAAGCAACAUACUCGGUAUGGAAACGGGCUUUGCGGCUUGCUGAAAAACAUUUACCCUAAUCUACAAAUACAUAUUGUCGUGUACACGGGGUAUACGGAUCCAAUACCCUGGUGGGCCCAAGAAUCUUGGUUUCCCCUGCUUCCUUGCAAGGCCGAUCACAGAUACGCCCAAACAGACGCUAGGACUGUCUAUCAGUUUUAUGCCGAGAAUUGGAAUGAUAUUGAUCAUUAUACGAGUUUGUUCAGGCUUUCGACGAGACGUACUCCCUUACUUAGAUAUGGAGGUGUUCCACCUAUUGUUAAAUGGGAGCCAGCAUUGAAGAGAUGGAAAGUUCCCUACGUAUACGUAAUUGGUAUCCCGGAUAGAUCGAUAUAUGGCAAAGCAGAGCAUGUCUGUCUCGAAGAGAUGAUAAUGGAUAAAGUUAUCGACAAUAUUUUUGACUGA